CCUCCAUCAGUCCAUAUAUACAAUCUCAUCCAUUUGGCCGUCCCUGCAUUAAUCAAAACCAUAACCGCCUAUGAAGCAUAAAUCUCCACUACUCCCAUGGAGCACACCCUUGACAUGCAUGGACGCAUGAUGCCUUCAUGAUCCACCCAUUUGCCCCCUGCUCUUCCUCGUCCUAGCCAACUUCCUCACGCCGCCAAGAACAAACACACCAAGAAAAAAGCUACUCUACUAUCAAGAAUCCGCGCGUUGGCAGGCCGGUGUUGAUUAGUUGGUUAGCUGGUAUCUUUGUCCAUGGGGCAAGAAGAGGCCCUGCUUCCGGCGCCGGUCACCGUGGCUUUCUCGUGGGAGCACGAGCCGAUCGUGCCCAAAGCGGCCAUUGAUGCCGGUGGUGGCAUGCCGCAAAGCCCAAAGAAGGCGCCGGCCACCGUGGUCUUGUCGUGGGAUCACGAGCAGGGCAUCACGAAGCUUGCACCGGCGCCAGCCAUGAAACCCCGCGGCGUGCCGGAGGGGCCAAGGAAGGGCCAGGCGCCGACGCGGCGGCUGUCCGUGCCGCCGCCGCCGGGCCGGCUGUCGACGAGGGGCGUCUCGCGCGCCGUCCGGCCGGAGGACGACCCGUUCCUGGCUGCGUACCUGGCCUGCACAAAGAGCACCGGCGGCCGAAGCGGCGACGGAGGGAGGAGGGCGGCCAAGGAACAGCGGCGGUUCGCGUGGGCGGGGCUCGGGCUGGGCAGCCUGUCCUGCAAGAGGAACAACGGCGUCGUGGAGCAGAGCAUGGUCAGGAUGGCCAAGCUGCCCGAGUUGGAUCCUAGAGAUGCUUGAUUAGUUAAUUAUCUCCUGAUCAAUCAUCUUCUGAUUGUGCUUCUUCUUUGGUACUAGUAUCGUUUUGUAGUAGCAGUAUUGCUGGUUAAGUUCAGUUAAUCGUGUGAAAAACUUUGUGGUUAGGAGAAUUAGAAAGUGUAAUCCAGAAGAAAAGGAAGAGCACUCUGCAGCAUCUUCUGGAUUCAGAAUAUGUCAGGUUCUGCAACUGAUCUGCAGCAGCAAUCUUCAGCUUUCUGUCUUCUCGAUUCAGAA